UGUAGGCAGGUAUCGCGAGAACGUAGCUCCAACACGAUUCCGCCUCGCAGCGCCAGAGGGGGGCCUCACGGUCGCUUUUUUUAGGUGUCCUCAUAAAAUGCCUGCUCGCGAUGUUUUUCUUUUCCCAAGAUGGCGUCGAUGAGGGAGAGCGACACCGGCCUGUGGCUUCACAACAAGCUGGGCUCGGCCGACGAGUUCUGGGCUCCCCCCAGCAUCGCCUCGCUGCUCACCACUACCGUCAUCGACAACGUGCGCCUGUGUUUCCACAACCUGUCCUCCGCCGUCAAGCUGAAGCUGCUGCUAGGGAUACUGCACCUCCCGCGCCGCACCGUGGACGAGAUGAAGAUGGCAUUGACAGAAAUCAUCCAGCUGGCCACUCUGGACUCUGACCCCUGGAUUCUUAUGGUGGCAGACAUCCUGAAAUCCUUCCCAGACACAGGCUCACUAAACCUUGAUCUUGAGGAACAGAAUCCUAAUGUGCAGGAUAUUUUGGGGGAGCUCAGAGAGAAAGUAAGUGAAUGUGAGGCCUCUGCCAUGCUGCCGCUUGAGUGCCAGUACCUGAACAAGAAUGCCCUCACCAUGCUGGCCGGUCCGCUGACUCCUCCUGUCAAACAUUUCCAGCUAAAGAGAAAACCAAAAAGUGCCACACUCAGAGCAGAGCUUUUACAGAAGUCUACAGAAACUGCACAGCAACUUAAGAAGACUGCCGGGGUUCCAUUUCAUGCUAAAGGAAGAGGCCUCGUCAAAAAGUUGGACACAACUACUCCACUCAAAGGUAUACCAAAGCAGGCACCCUUUAGAAGUCCUACAACCCCCAGUGUGUUCAGUCCUACUGCCAACAGAACCCCCAUAGCACCUUCCAGGACGCCCAUCCGCCGAGAGAGGGGAGUAAAGCUCUUGGAUAUAUCUGAAUUGGAUAUGGUGGGAGCAGGACGAGAGGCCAAGAGAAGAAGGAAGACUGUUGAAACUGACGUGGCAGAAAAGCCUCCGAAAGAAGAAACUGUUGUGGAAAGCGCCACCCCAGAUUACGCUGCGGGUCUGGUGUCUACACAGAAACUUGGCACGCUGAACAAUGAAAGUGCCCUGCCAUCUACCAGUUACUUGCCAGCCACUCCCAGCGUGGUACCAUCUUCAUCCUAUAUACCGGCAUCUGAGACCCCACAAGCUGGGUCAGUUCGGGAAGCAUUACAAACCACGAGACAAGCAGAGGAACCCGCUCCUCCUCCCAACAACACUCUUGCACAGUUCAAACAACGGACGCCAAUGUAUCACAGCAACCCCAAUACUCCAGCCACCACCCCAACACCUGCAGCCACCCCUACCUCUCCACUGACACCUGCUGUAACUCAGGUGGCAACACCUGCGGCGCAGGCACCUCAGAUCACUAACACACAGACACAGCAUCCACCCAGGAAAAGUCUCUCUCUUACAAGGGAACAGAUGUUUGCAGCACAAGAAAUGUUCAAGACUGCAAACAAGCUUACAAGGCCAGAGAAGGCUCUAAUCUUGGGAUUUAUGGCAGGUUCAAGAGAAAAUCCAUGCCCAGAGCAGGGUGACGUCAUCCAGAUCAAACUCAGCGAGUACACCGAGAUCAUCCAGAAAGGGGACGGCACUGGCAGCACCACCAUGAUGGUGGAUACGGUUUUUGAAAUGAACUAUUCUACCGGCAAGUGGACCAAGCUAAAAAAAUACAAGCCCCUAACGAACGUCUCUUAGAGAGACCGCGUGCUUGGAACUGUGGACCAAAAUACUCAGACUUGUAGAUGGGCUUCAGUAUAAAACAAUCUCCCUGGAUGGACGCAUUGUCUGCCAUGACCGGAAUCCAGAAUGGCAUUUAUCAGCGGUGACCACACUUAAUCUAUUCCUGAAAACUCAACAGGGUCUGGACACAGAAAUGAACGCUCCAUUUUGUGUCCGCAAAACUGAUUUUAAAACUAGCUCUACAAUCAGGAUGCAGAAUGUCCAAUAUAAUUGUCUCCACCACCUUUUCUCAUGCACAUCCUGUGGAUCCACCCUCAUUUUCUAAGUUUUGAGACAUGGCAGUGUACAAUUUUCAGCAUUACUUCUUUUUUUU